AAAAAACCCGCGCCGACCCCACAUUUAUUCCUCUCCAUGAAUCUCCAUCACUUUCUUACUCGUUAACUCUCCCUUCUUUCCUAGUCCGGGUUUCCAAACUCCACUAUCAGCUUUCUCUCAUAUAUUAUUCUUGUUCUGGGAGCCCCCAGUCUUCCAGUUUUCAUUUCUCCUCUUUGUAGGAUUCUUAGCGGUAGUGCUGCAAACAUGGAGAUCACCAACGUUUCUGAGUAUGAGGCCAUAGCCAAGCAGAAGUUGCCGAAAAUGGUUUAUGACUACUAUGCCUCAGGUGCGGAGGAUCAGUGGACUCUGAAAGAAAACAGGGAAGCGUUUUCGAGAAUACUGUUCCGCCCCCGCAUACUUAUUGAUGUAUCAAAGAUUGAUAUGACCACAACUGUUUUGGGUUUCAAAAUCUCUAUGCCCAUUAUGAUUGCUCCAACCGCUAUGCAGAAAAUGGCUCAUCCAGAAGGAGAAUAUGCAACUGCAAGGGCAGCCUCAGCAGCCAAUACUAUUAUGACAUUGUCUUCAUGGGCGACUUCAAGCGUGGAGGAGGUUGCAUCAACUGGACCAGGAAUUCGCUUCUUCCAACUAUAUGUUUACAAAGAUAGGAAUGUCGUAGAACAGCUUGUUAGGAGAGCUGAGAGGGCUGGCUUCAAAGCCAUAGCCCUUACAGUAGACACUCCUAGACUUGGUCGAAGGGAAGCUGACAUCAAGAACAGGUUUACAUUGCCUCCAUUCUUAACCCUCAAGAACUUCGAGGGGUUGGACCUAGGCAAAAUGGACAAGGCUGAUGAUUCUGGUUUAGCAUCAUAUGUUGCUGGUCAAAUUGAUCAAUCUCUGAGCUGGAAGGAUGUCAAAUGGUUGCAAUCAAUCACAACUUUGCCUAUUCUUGUUAAAGGAGUCGUUACUGCAGAAGAUACAAGGCUAUCCAUCCAAAAUGGAGCAGCUGGUAUUAUUGUUUCCAACCAUGGAGCCCGUCAGCUUGAUUAUGCUCCAGCAACUAUCACUGCUCUUGAAGAGGUUGUCAAGGCUGCACAGGGCCGUGUUCCUGUGUUCUUAGAUGGCGGUGUUCGCCGUGGAACUGAUGUCUUCAAAGCAUUAGCUCUGGGAGCCUCUGGUAUUUUUAUUGGAAGGCCAGUCGUUUUUGCUUUGGCUUCAGAGGGAGAAGCUGGAGUCAGAAAGGUGCUUCAAAUGCUCAGAGACGAGUUUGAGCUAACCAUGGCUUUAAGUGGCUGCACAUCGCUCAGCAAAAUCACUCGCAACCACAUCGUCACUCCUUCAGAACUGAACCACUCAAUUUCCAGGCUAUAA